GAGCAGCUGGUGGCAAAGUAGAAAUAAUCUGGCAGCAUUGGCAACUUUCUCUUCUGCUGCGAGGUGCUACUGUCAAGAGCGUUUUCAUACCACUUUGUUAAAACUUCUUGGCCUCAAGUACUCUUCCUGAUGGCAAAUAUUGUUGCUUCUGCCUACUGUGUGGUGUUUGCCAUUCUGCUGGCGCAUACGCGAAGCCACAGCGGGUCAGAAGGGCGAAAGUACUACAAACGGAUUGGAACCAAUGUAACCCUGUCGUGCGAGACCUCUGACACUCAUACUCCAGUGAUAUGGAGAUUUAACGGACAUGCGAUAGCCCGCGAUGAGGGUCACCUUCUUCAAGGCACCAACCUCACCCUCAUAAACAUAGAUACACUACGCAGUGGGACCUAUAGCUGUCAUGAAAAACACAGCGAAAGCUUGAAGAAUCAAAUAACAAUUCAAGCUGGAAAUCCUCCAGUGGCACCCAAUGUAGUCUGCAGAUCAAACGCCUACCCUGACACAUUCUACUGCACAUGGCAACUCUCAAGCCCAACUUACAUCCCGAAUGAAUUUGACAUCUCCGUAAGACUUGGGGAUAAGGAAAUUGAGACCAUUAAGGGAGCCAACCACAAGAACAGGUGCAACAUAAAGUUUCCAGAAAUGUUUUCUACAAGCAAGUACACAGUGACAGUGACAGCAAGGAACGCACUGGGUUCCAACUCCUCCACCAUUUCAUUCAAUGAGAUUUCCAUAGUGAAACCAGACCCUCCAGAGAUAAUUGAAGUAAAUACAAUUCCUGACUCCCCGAGCAGACUGGAAGUGAAAUGGAGGAAUCCACUGUCAUGGCCUGAGCCAGAUACCAUGCCCCUCAAGUACUUUCUGAGAUACAAACCUGUCAUUCUGGAUGACUGGCAACAUGUCGAGGUGACUGAUGUUCCAUUUCAUACAAUCACUGAUGCAUAUGAAGGGAAGGAACACAUAAUACAAGUUGCUGCUAAAGACAGUGAGAUUGGGACCUGGAGUGAAUGGAGUAAGGCUGUACAUGCAACACCAUGGACUGCAUUUACAUCAGGUUACAACCCUAUAGAAAGAAACACCAAUGUUUCAGAAAAUUUAACCAGUACAACCCCAAGUGUCAGUGCCAACCGAAAAGGCAGCAACUCUCCGAAAGCAGAAUUAUCCAUGAUAUUGUUCCUCGGCGUGAUCAUGACUUUAUUUAUCUGAUUACUACUCUGUUUACCCGCAGUAAAGGACAAAAGCAGUUAUGAGAAUCGGUGCUUUUUAUUUUGCACAUGUGGAUGGAUCCAAUGCAUCUCCUUAUCAAUAUGAUUCCUGAAAAGAACUCCUGGGAAUUUGAACCUUAGAUCCUUGUGAAAGUUCAUAGAACAUACGCAGAAGGAAAGCAAAAGCAUGGAUCUUUACUGGACACAUCGUCAUGCUGAUGCAUUUUCUUUGAAGGGCAAAUGAGUACCAUUUAAUCUUGCAUCUGGUGAGGGAAGUAUUUUCAAAACAAAAUAAUGUGAACAAAUCCAAUCACAUACAGCUGAAUCAUCAUGCCAAAGACACCGUGAUCUCCAUGACUUUUAGCCACAAUACUCAGCUUCCUCAAAUACAGGUAUCUCUUUAGUGAGGGCAUUUGCUAUUAGAUGAUGGUCUACUGUUAGUGACAGUACUGUGAAAUUUUGAGUGUGAAAAUUGUGGUUUGUGACUUAUCACAAUUGGUUUAAAACAAUGUUUUGUAUUUAUGGCUGAUAACAAAUAAUGAAAUGAAUUGCUCCACUAUGAACUUCAUGCCCUAAAAUGUCUGUGAUGGACUGCAUUGAUUUUUUUUACUGGAAAACAUAUUUGUAUGCUAUUCAGUUAUAACAAUAAUAGAUUCUGUUGUGUUUUUUUUAAAAAAACACAUCUUCAUUAUUAUCUUUCUUUAAAAAAACAACUAAAAAAACAAAAAUAUAAAGGGGAUCAAUUUAACUUUUCACAUACUUUCCAAUCUUACCACCUACAUAAACUUGACCAUACUUACAUUUAAACAUGCAGGGAAAAUGACAGGUCCUCUGCUCCUUAUCAAAUGCCAUAUAAUCAAUUCAAUGGACCUCAGUAGCUCAAUCCUCAAACUUCUUCUUUAAAAAAGUAAACAAUUUAUCCUAAACAUGCAACAAUGACAGUUAGUUGUUAAGUGUUAGAAUUAGACCAAUGUAAGAAUUAGAAAUCUGAUUUUUUUAAAUAAAAACAAAAUAAAACUUACUUAUUAGAAAAUGAUCAUUUAACAAAGGUGUGUUGUUGAAUAUAAAAUAAUCCAUUUUAUUGCCAAUGCUCUAUGUAUUCAGAACAUGUGCUUGAAACAGCAUCACUCUAGGAUAAUGCACUCACCAAAUUCCAUUUCCAUCCUGCCAAAAUCAAUUUCAAAGCAACAUUUAUAUUUAAUAAUAUUAUAUAAUUUUACAAUCAGAAGUCCAAUUUUAUAUAACAACAUUGGUGGAUUUUACUUGUGCAGAGAUCAUUAGGCAGAAUAUCCAUGCGGAUUUGCAAGGAUAUAGGGAUUCUUGUCCUGGGAUCAAUGCACUGUGCUCCUGUGGAUUUUCAGACUCUCCUUAAUAUGAUAUGGUUCCUCAUGAAUUGGAAGGAUCCUCAUACCAUUAACCUACAAUUUCUGGUCAGCAAAUUUAAAAAAAAACAAUUCAUGGGCAUGAUUAAUACCAUGUUCAUAUUCACAUAAGAUUCAUCAGCUAUGUUGCUUUGCUGCACACACAAGAUAAAAUCUAAAGGAAUUUCUCAGAUUGGAAAAGGAGUAAGAUCAUUUUAGGGCAAACUAAUUAAAUGUAACCACAUUAUGCACUAUGAAACCAAGCAAAAUAUCAAUAUAAAUCAAUUGAAUGAAGCCUAGUUAUUUAUGAAUGAAAGGAAUAGUGAUAAUGUGAAGAAUAUGUUGAGCAUCCCCAGUCAUCCUUGAUGUCUUCUUUCCUAAAGUAAUGUAGAGUCUGGCUCUUCUCAAGUUCAUACCAUUGGAUUCCUGAGAAAGAGCCAAUGAAGAAUGGUGUCCAUUCCACUAAAACAUUGACAGCUCUGAGACCAUUUUCAGCAAUUAUAUCCCCUUAAUAGAAAUGGAUAGUUGACCUUGGAAGAUACCCUAAUGAUGUGCUCACCAUUCAAUGUGAAUAUGUAUACUGGCCUUUUCAUUCAAACUACUUUGAUUGUCUGGAUGAAUUACAUAUAAAUACAUAAUCUUAAGAAUAUCAUAGCUGGAAUAUCAUUUCAUUUAUGACUACCUUUGACUUUCCAGAAAAAUGUCAUUGAUAAGGUGACAGGUACAAGACAAAGCACUGUGGCAUGUAUUUUCUCUCAAGCCUCUAAAGAUUCUACUUCUAACAUAAAGUUCAGAAGCAAAAUGCAUUCACUCAAUGAACCAGACAAUGUGUAUGACUGACAAAGCUCAAAUGCAGUUGGGCAUCUGGUGAAUGCAGCAAACAUUCCCCUUGACAUUGGAGAGGCUUUCCAUGUAUGCUUCACUGCACUGAUCACUAUCUGAGUCCACCUGGGCAGAACUGAUAUGUGGUCUCUCUUUCCAAGGGAAAGGUGCAGUAAUUUCCCUCUGGCUCUGACCUAACUGCUGUUCAUGAUGAAAUAAUAUCUCCCACCUAGCCUAGUUGAUCCCGAUCUGAGCUGGUCUCUUGUGGUGUCCAUUACAAGGAUGCAAAACCCCUUGUUCUUUUCCUCUUCCUCUUCAUGAAGUCCUGCAAGAUUCGAUUCAAAUACAUUCAUUACGUGUACAUCGAAAUUUACAAUAAAACUUGUAAUUUGAAUUAACAACCAGCACACCACAGGGUGUGCUGGGGGCAGCCCACAAGUAUAGCCACACACUCUAGCACCGACAUUGCAUGCCCACAAUGUUUUGCAGAAGAACACAGCAACAACAAAAACAAGCCCCAUCCCUCUAUCCCAUCCACACAGACAUAGUCAAUAACCCCAGGACUGACCCCCAGCCUCCAGGCCAUACCUCCUAUGGCUAAUCAAUAAUGAAGGCAUGGUUGUGGAAGUUGUUAGAAUGAUUCUGCGAACAGGCACAUAAGCAAAAACAAAAUAAUUACUUUUAUGAGGGGAAGUGGCACAUCAGAGCAUCCAAGCCCUAUUGGAGACUUAGACCAUAAGACAUAGGAACUGAAUUAGUACAUUCAGUUCAUUGAGUCUCUGCAAUUAUAUCAUGGCUGUUUUAUUAUUCCUCUCAACUGCCCCCCCCCCAUUAAUCUGCCUCACCCCCAUAAACAUUGAUGCCCUGUCAAAUCCAGAACCUAUCAACCUCCACCCAAUGACUCGACCUCCACGGCUAUCUGUGGCAAUAAAUUCUACAGAUUUUCUCCCUUCUGGCUAAAGAAAUUCCCUCUUCAUCUCUGUUGUAAAUGAAUGGCCCUCUAUUCUGAAGCUGUAGCUUCUGAGCCUCUCCCCAUCCACUCUACUUAGGCCUUCCAAUAUUCGAUAGAUUUUAAUGAGAUCCACCUUAAUUCUUCUAAACUCCGGUGAGUACAGGCCCAGAGCCGUCAAACAUUUCUCACACAUUAAUCCUUUCAUUCCUAGAUUCAUUCUCAUGAACCUCCUCUGGACCUUCUCCAAUGCCACCAGAAAAGAGCAACUUACUUGACUCCAGCAGAGUUAGACCCUGUGUAAAUCGAAUAUCCAUUAGAAGGUGGACUCUCUUCUCCAGCCUAAUGAGUACUUGGAGCUGAAAAAGUCCAUCUUCUGUAAAUUUGUUACCUUUGUCCACUCUAUCCUAACAAUGGAAAAAAGCUCAUUUCAAUGUGAUGAAAUGGAGGCUGUUCAUACUUUAGUUGUUGCAAGCAAUUCAGAGUUGUUUACAAAGUUUGAGUAGCGUAUAAAGCCAACUAGGCUCAUUGCAGACAUACAGAAAUGUGUGUGUGUGUGUGUGUGUGUGUGUGUGUGUGUGUGUGUGUGUGUGUGUGUGUGUUCGUGCACGUGCAGACAUCUAUGUCCUGACCUGUACUGCAGGCGUUAUUUCAAAGCUGCCUUUGUGAGUUCAGUAGUUCACUGGUUCCAUUUAGUACCAGAGAAUGUAUACAAUGUACAACUUGAAAUUCUUACUCUUCACAGAUAUCCUGUUCAUGUGUUCAGGGCACACAUCUUGACAAAAUACAUGGUGAUUGAAUUUCUGCCUGCAGUGCUCCCAUGCAGUAGGUCAUGCUUGGCAACUGCUUUCUCUCUCAGCUCAUUUUCAUCUUUGACUUGGGAGCCACAUAGGCAUUCCUGCUGCAGAGAACUUGAGCCUUCCUUAACAUCAUCUACAGGGUCCUUCUAAGAAGUGGGAGGAAUAUUCAUCUGCACCACCUCCCAUGUACAGUACAUUCACUUCCUACAGUGCUGUAGCUCAGUAGAUGUGUAGUUUAUGGGUUAAUGCCUUGAAGAGAAUUAAUGAGCUACUGGUCAUCAUGAACUGUGAAUUAACUGAAGAAAUGUUGCACGUUCAAAAUGCACACAGACAUUUUCACAUGAUGAAUUAAUUUGCACAUGAAGAUUUCAUCUACAAAUCGUUUUGAACCAUGCGCUAAAAUUUUUGUGUGCUCAAAAUACACAGAUAUUUUCACAGCAAUCCUGAUGAUAAACCAAGCUUCAGUGCAAUGAACGAGCACCAGCUUAUUAUGCUGCACAGAUCCGGUGCUCCUGUUUAGGAGUGAUCCCGUUUUUAAGCCAAUGCUUUCUGAGCAUAUGUUUCUCAAAUUUGGACAACUAUAACACAGUGAAAUAUCCAUUACAACUUUUCUCUGGAAGGCUUAAGAAUGUAAAGAGACUUGUAUAGGUUUCCUGUGUUUUUUUUAAUUUAGUAGGUAAUGCUAAACAAUAAUUUUGCCAUCCAAACAAGGAUGCAGUCAAACUCAAUGGUGCUUCAGUAAGAAAAUACCAUUACUUUUUGCACUGGGUUAGAAACAACUUUAAAUUUCUCCCUGGCUAUCUAUGAACAGAUUCAAGAAAAGGUAGUUGUCUAUUUUAUAAUGACUAAAGACCAACUAGAAAUAAUUGUUUGAAGACUUAUUGAAAGUCACGGUGGGUUAAAAUUUUGCUUGGCUACCUCUAUGUACAAUCUACUGUAGCUAGUUCCUGCCAGUGCAUUAUUUGGUCUCCAUCACUCAUAGUUCCUACACUCUAUGGGGCCUUGGUACGGUGUAUUCUAUUACACCAAAGGGAAAAUCACUUCUAACAAGGACUUAUUCUCAUCAGUGAUUAUUGGCAUUAUAUUUAUUAAAGCUUUGUCUUCUUCUUUCCCAUGAAUUGUAUUAUGAUUGUACUCUGUUGCAUGUGGCUUAAUCUUUGUCACAGAUAUUUCUGGUGAAAGAUAUUGCCUUGUGAACUGAUGAAAUGGAUACUUUUGAAUAUUAUAUUAAAAAAAGAGCAUUAACUGAUGAUUGCAUUUCAAGUUAUUCAUCCAGUAAUGCAGACUGUCCUAAUUACAACAGCAUCUACUUGUAACAUUUCACAGUAUUUCCACAUCUGGUGCAACAUACAGUGCCAAUAUUUCAUACAGUCACAAAGAACAUGCUCCUCAUUUCAGAACUGUUUGUGUAAUUCUCAAACUCAUAGAAGAGAUUCCACUGUGUGUACUUCCUUUGCUCUUUUAUGAAUCACUAUAUCUUAUGUGAACAAUCUGAAAUGCUAAUGUUUGUGCUUAACAUUUUUUCUCUGAGAAUACUUAUUACCGGUGUCCAUAUUAGCCAGCUUUUAUUGUAUUCCAUGUAUCAUUUUUGAGAAGUAAAGUUGAGUUUUUGGACCUAUA